UUUGGAUUAGGUGGAGAAAUUAAUAAAAUCUGGAGCCAUAUUUUGGGGGGGUAUGUAGCAGUUAUAAUAUUUUGAUUUAGUGCAGUGUGGUCGGUCGUUGGCUCAAGCUGGUUCUAGCUGGCUGUAUCUGGUCGGUAGUCAGUGCCUCGGGGUGCAGUGGUGCAGUGGUUAACUCUGGGCGUGGUGAGAGAAGGUAUCAAGAUUCAUUUCCCGCUGAUGUCCUACGGCAGCGAGACGCCGCACGUUUGGAGUAGCACUUCUGGCAGCGAGGUGUCCCCCUACGGGCCGCUGUGGGACGCGCCCGCGCCCGUGCCCUACCCCGACAUCCUGGGCUUCCCGCCGCCCGAUCUGGUAUGGUCGGCGGCAGGGCGCGGGCGCGCGUCGCUGCACGGCAAGAAGCCGCGGCGUCGCGUCGCCUCCAUCGCCCAGCGACGUGCCGCCAACAUACGCGAGCGACGCCGCAUGUUCAACCUCAACGAGGCCUUUGAUAAGCUGAGAAGGAAGGUGCCAACAUUCGCGUACGAGAAGCGUCUCUCCCGCAUCGAGACUCUCCGACUGGCCAUCACCUACAUCGGCUUCAUGUGCGAGCUGCUGCACGGGUCCCCCCCGCGCGCCCCGCCGCUCCCCCGACACGUGUUCGACGGGGACGUGCCUUGGUGCGCCUAGACGGGAGACCAGACACCAAGACGCCUAGACCAGACAACAGAUACAGAGGAUACCAGCUAAGUAGAACACACAACUCUCUAAGAACUGGUAG